GUCCCAUGGCGAGCAAGGGAGCGGGUUGGUGAUCUUGUGCUGCUUGUUCUUGUUUCUUUCUUGUCGCUCAAGAGGACAAGGACAAGGCUACACAACUGCUCAACUGCUCAACUGCUCAAGCUACAGGACUGCUCCCUUUACCUGCCUGACUGCUCACUUGCUCGCGUAACCUGCUCGUGUCAUCUGCUCUUGACCUCUACUGAACGACUCUGCUCUGCUUCUGCUAGUACUGCUGAGCGCAUGCGCUUGCCCUCGUCAUGGCAGUACCUGCCAUACGUAAGCUCGACCCUCUCGUCGUGAACCGCAUCGCUGCUGGAGAAAUCAUCCAAAGACCCUGCAACGCGCUCAAGGAGCUCCUCGAGAACGCAGUCGAUGCGCAGGCAACGUCCAUUGAUGUCGUUGUCAAGGAUGGAGGACUUAAGAUGCUACAAAUCACAGAUAACGGCACAGGCAUUCAUCGCGACGACAUGCCCAUCCUGUGUGAGCGUUUCACGACCUCCAAGCUACGUGAAUUCAACGACCUCACAUCCAUAGCCACAUAUGGAUUCCGAGGCGAGGCGCUUGCCAGCAUCACACACAUCUCGCACGUUACCGUCACGACCAAGACAGAUCACACGCCAUGUGCAUACAAAGCGCACUACUCUGAUGGCGUCUUAAUACCCAAUAAACCAGGCGGAUCGGCAGAACCACAGCCAGUCGCUGGAAAGCGCGGCACGCAAAUCACAGCGGAAGACAUGUUCUACAAUGUCCCUGCACGCAAACGCGCCUUGGCCAAGCCAAGCGAAGAGUACGCCAAGAUUAUCGAUGUCAUCAAUCGAUAUGCCAUCCACUGUCAAGGCGUUGCAUUUUCCUGCAAACGGCAUGGAGAGAGUACAACUAGUGUUUCUACCAUGAACAAGAGCACCACAGUGGACAACAUUCGUCAACUUUAUGGGCCUGCUAUCGCUGCAGAGCUCCUUGCCUUGGAUCUCACCAAUGAUGAGUACAAGUUUUCUGCAAAGGGGCUCGUGACGAAUGCCAAUUACGGUGUCAAGAAAAUUGUCUUUCUUCUCUUUGUCAACAACCGCUCAGUCGAGUCGACCAACAUCAGGCGACAAGUUGAAGCGUUGUACGCCAUUCAUCUACCGAAAGACAAGCACCCUUUCGUCUACUUGUCCAUCCAGAUUGAUCCUGCACGGAUCGAUGUCAAUGUACACCCAACAAAGCGCGAAGUCAACAUCCUCGACGAAGACAACAUCACAGACAUCAUCUGCGAUGCCAUAGCCAAGCGACUGAUGGAAGUCGACUCUUCCAGAACCUUUUACACACAGACGUUGUUGCCAGGCGCUCCCCUCGAUGCUGCCAUCUCUUCUGAAAAGCUGCGUCGCAAUUUGGUCAAUCCAGCAACCUUGAUGCGCGUAGAUUCACGCACACAAAAGAUUACAAAUUUGCUUGAACCAACCAGAAAAGCAGACGGACAGCAAGCACCACAAGAGAAACUUGUUGGGCGAGAGCGGACACAUAUACGAUUGGCGAGCGUCAAGCAGCUCCGUGGCGAAGUACGCGACGAGUUGCAUGAAGAUUUAACCGCCAUCUUCACGGAGCACGUCUUUGUUGGUGUGGUCGAUCUGGAACGCCGUCUCGCUGCAAUCCAGCAUCUCACAAAACUCUACUUGGUCGACUAUGGAGCUGUCUCUUCUGAGCUCUUCUACCAAAUUGGUUUGACGGAAUUUGGCAACUUUGGCACCAUCAAGUUGAAUCCGCCCCUCAGCAUCAAAGACUUGCUUCAGAUUGCGGUUCAAAAUUAUGAGCACAAACGAGAGCUGGAGCAGGCAAAGUUUGAGCCGAUUACCGACGAAAGAAUUGAUGCCAUGGCGGCGCUUCUGCUCAGUAGACGAGAGAUGCUCGAAGAGUACUUCAGCUUUGAGAUCACACAGGAUGGCUUGCUCGCGACAUUGCCCAUGCUGAUGAAGGGUUACACACCUGCAUUAUCUAAACUUCCCAACUUCAUCCUGCGUAUUGCAACGCACAUUGAGUGGACCGUGGAGAAAGACUGCUUCGAGGGCUUCUUGACCGAAUUGGCGUUGUUUUACAUCCCAGAAGUGAUUGUAUCCGCAGCGAAGCACGACACAUCGCCAGCAGAAACUACACACUCUCCUAUUUCAGCUGAUCCAAGGGAAGCUGCUGCCGAGCGUCAAAUCGAGCAAGUUUUAUUUCCUGCCAUGAAGCGUAGACUGAUUGGGACGCGCAAGAUGGCCAAGAACCGUUGGGUUGUUCAAAUCGCUCAUUUGCCAGAACUUUACAAGAUCUUCGAGCGUUGCUGAGGCAUUGGUGGCUUGAUAGAGCAGGAAGUUGUGAGACGGUCUAGUGCAAUCUGAAGAUACUUGUGACUGUUUCGGCUUAACCCGAAGUCGACCAUGAGCAGACUAUUCUCUACAAUUGACCAUCUCUACUAGCUCUCCUACUACAAGCUCAAAUGAAUAGACUCAUCGAUCAUACUAUACUCAAGCCUGACG